UCGCGUCAUUUGACGAGCGGCUGCUUGGAGUUUUGAAGCCGACCGGGCUUUGCUUUUGUAGAAACUUUUUUUUUUGUGUGUGUUACCCUCCCCGGCAAUACUUAUUAACUUUUGCCUACCUCGGUAAAGCACUGGGAAUGAGUCGAAAACAGGGCCGGGGUAAAGUCCGGAGCUCGGAGAGACUCAAAGGAAAGAGCUCCCAUGCUUCACUCAGCACAGCAGUGGAAAGUUCAGUUCAGGCUCCCUUGAAGAAGACUGAAUCCCAUCGUUCUGUCAAACGGCAGAAAUGUGAAGUGCCUGAACCGCAGCCAGAAACGUCGGCAGAUGUCCCCGAAGACGUCGGUGGCCUGUCGGGAGGAACAGCCCAGGAGCAGGGCGUCAAUGGGAGUUCUGCAAGGGAGCUCGGCACGGCGAGAGGCACACAGAGCCAUCUCCCCGAGGCAGAGGAGAUGAGCCCCACAGGAGCCAGCGAGUGCCGGACUUUGGAGUCUGAAUCCGGUGUUGCGAUGAACUCGAGUGCGGAGAGAGCAGUUGAUAAUUGUGUGCCAAAGCUGGAGCUCCAAAUGGACAACAGUGUUUUCCUGGACGAGGACAGUAACCAGCCAAUGCCAGUGGGCCAGUUCUUUGGGAAUAUAGAACUUGUACAGGACGAUCCUCCCAGAGCUCCAGCAACAGUCCCAAUGAGCCGGAGGGAGUACAGGAGGCUACACUUCAUUGCUAAAGACGACGAGGAUGACCUCUACGAAGACAGCCACGUGGAACAGCCUCAGCAGAAUGAAUCUCCCCUUCCAGAAAGUUGCAACACUACCAUACAAUCAGGAAGCUACAUAAGCAAUGGGAGCAGAUGAGAGAGGAGCCUUGCAACAAGUAAAGAACAGAAAAAAUGGACUGUUUUGAUCUUCAGCCAAGACAAAAGGCAACCCAUCCUUGUGAGAAGUAUCAAAGCCACUUUUCCAAAUGGUUUUUAUUUUACUCACAAGCAAUGUAUUACUGUAAAAUACCAACAUAAGUGCUUGUGAUUGUUAUAUAAUGUUGAGGAGCUUACUCAAUGUUUAAGAUUGACUUAAGAAAAUGUGUUCAGGUCAAGUAGAAAUGAAGGGGUUUACUUUAUAACUGAAUGUAAUGCAAUCCUGGAUGUGUGUAUAUACUGUAAUACACUUGAAAAAUGUUGUAUGAGCAUGUUAUUUUCUUCUAUUCACCAUUGCGCUACACUACUGUAGUACCUAUAUUAAAUGCCCACUACUGCCUUAAAUGUUAAAGUAAUGGAAAUAGUCUUUAUUGCUGGAAUGAAUUUUUAUGUUGAUUUAUUACCAACUGUACUGCUGUUUGCAUGUCGUUUCUAAUUAUAGAAUGAUGCAAACAGCUCAAAAGACUUAUGCGUUGGAUUACUUAUGAUUUUUAUCACAAAUACAAAAAUAAACUUUGAAGACAUAACGAAUAGUGUUGCUCUGAUAAUAUUGUAAAAAUUAAUGGUUAGAUUGAAAUGGUUUUUCAAAAAAAGUGUUGACAAAAGUGAUAUACAGAGCAUUAAUGUGUAGUAAUCAAUAUUCAAUAUAACAUCUUGUAUGUUGUGAAAUGCUACAUGUGGUCAGUGAGUGAAGAAUAGGUGGGGAAAUGGUAAGCAAGUUCAAUUGUAUUUUUGUACAAGAUCAAUGCUGUUUUAGUUCAGAUUAACUUUAUAUUCAUUUCAUGUGAACCUACAUUAAAAAGCAUUUAUAAAACUA